AUGAUAAGGAAGGUAGCAGUCAUUGGUGGAGGUCCAGCAGGGUUGACGACGGUUUAUAACUCCAUCAAGGUUAAUAAGGAUAGUGAGAAUUCAUUCAUAUGUGUUGGAUUCGAGGCCAGAUCAAAACUAGGAGGUGUUUGGAGCGAUACACCUGGGGCUAAUCUUGAUACAUUCCCAAGUACAUUUGACCAAUUGAGAUUUUUGCAGGAUGAGCGAAUUGCAGGGGAUCCCAGGGCUUUGUUUUACGAAGGAUCACCAUUGAUAGGUGCGAAUUAUAGGCAGAUAAAUCUAGGCAGCUUAACUGGAUCGUCUCCCUCGAAAACAAUUAAGGUGGCAAAGAAAGCAAGAUUAGCAAGAGAUGGUAUUUUCUUUACCGACAAGACUGGUCUUUAUGACAAUUUCAUGAGUAAUGUUCCAGAAGAUUUGAUGAGGUACGAAGAUGAUACCCGUGAUUACAAGAAAGAUAUAGCACCGCGCAACUCUGCAAUCUCACCUUUGGUCGACCUCCCCACUAUUACAACUCACCUGAAGAACUUUAUUCUCGAGAACAAACUGGAAGAGCAUUAUAGAUUGAACACAAGCAUUGAAUAUGUGGAUAAAAUGGGUCCUGAUAAAUGGAUUGUCGUUGCCAAGAAAUCAGAUCCUAAUAAAGAUCAUGAUGACUGGUAUUUGGAAUCGUUUGACGCCGUUGUGGUCGCAAAUGGACAUUUCCAAAUCCCAUAUGUGCCUUAUUAUAUGAGCAGUCCCGGUCGCGAAGGCAACAGUGGCAUACAUCAAUUCAACCAGAAAUUUCCUGGAAAGCUAGUUCAUGUUAGAGAUAUUGACCUUUGGUACCGGAGAGAGCUGCCCAAUUACGAAGGUAAGUCCCACCAUCGUCGAAUUGUGCUAGUGGGGAAGAGCUUUAGUUGCAUGGAUGUCUUAAAGAGAAUUAUACAUCUGCAAAAAUCAGGUAGCUUGGAAAUAUUCAUAUCUACUGAUAUUCCCCCAAUGCCAGAGAACAAAGCUAACCCAUUCUACUGGUUUGAUGAAUGGCUUGUAAAAACAAACAGAGUCACAUUGAAACCAGAGAUCCUUUCAUUCACGAGUGAGUCAAAUAAACCUACUUUGACGUUCACAGAUGGUACGCAAAUUAAAGUAGUGGACCACGUAAUAUUCGCAACUGGCUAUCUUUAUAGCUAUCCUUUUAUGUCUCAAGUACUAAUGGAACAGCGCAAAAUAUUUGUUACACCAGAUCCACGUAAUGUUGACCACAGGCCAUCCAAUAUCUCGCGUGUGACUGGUUUAUAUCUACACACUUUCUCCAUCGCAGAGCCCACUCUCGCGUUCCCAGGUGUUUCCAGCAAUGCAAACUUUCAAUCCUUCCACAUCUCAGCUAAGGCAAUUGUCGGUGCAUUUAGCAGCUUCAAUCAACUAUUCAAAAAAUGCGAACCUACCGAUUAUCCUUACUAUGACUCCAUCUGGCAUCAGAUUUUGCCUUCUAUUAACGAUCAACUGGAGUGGUCUAGAAAAAGACUCGCAGAGACGGGAAAUAAUGGAUCCUACCACUUUUACUACCCCUUACCUCUCCUAAAAGAAGGCUGGGAGAGGCCUUGUGAGGAAUUGUUUCCCCAAGGUCAAGAUUCAAAGCACCUUUUUCCAUCGGACGCUCCAAAAUUAUCAAAGGACGGAAUUACAAGACUAAAAGAUAUCUUCCUCGAGGUAAUGGAAUAA